AUGCACCACCCGCUCCUCGUCCUGCUUGUCCCGCUCGGGCUGCUCCACCUCCCCAGCACCCUCGCCUGGGGGACCCUCGGCCACCGCACCGUCGCAUACCUAGCCUCUCUGUACUUCACACCGGGAUCUACGCGCUUCACCAACCAGCUUCUCCACGGCCAGGACAUCUCCGAGGCGGCCCUCUUCCCGGAUAAGAUCAGAUAUAUUCCCUCCUUCGCGUACACCAAGGGAUGGCACUACAUCGACGCGCAGGACGACCCGCCCACAACGUGCGGCAUUAACAUCACCCGCGACUGCGCGUUGGAGACCGGGUGCGUCGUCUCCGCGAUAGCCAACCACACGGAGCGGGUCAGCAACGCGAGUCUGCCCACGUGGCAGCGCGGACAGAGCCUGCGGUUCGUGCUGCAUUUCUUCGGUGACGUGCAUCAGCCGCUGCACACGGAGGCCGAGGACCGCGGCGGGAAUGAAUACGCGGUGGUGUUCGAAGGGCGGGCCACAAAUCUGCACAGCGUGUGGGAUACCUUGAUUGUGAACAGGCAUGCGGGGAUGGGGCAUGAGGAUGAGGCCAUCGCGGCGUGGACCUGGGCGCAGAGGUUGGCUGCUGCUGGACGUGGUGGUGGUGGCCAAAACGAGGACGAGGACGUCUGUCUGCGCGACGCGGCCGACUGCGCUCUUGAGUGGGCGGGCGAGGCGAAUGCGUAUGUGUGUUCGUAUGUGCUGGCGCGGGACGUUCACGGGCAGGACCUUGCGGGUGAAUACUACGACGGGGCUGUUCCGAUCAUUGACGAGAUGGUCUACAAGGCGGGACGGAGGCUGGCUGCUUGGAUAAAUGCCAUUGUGGAGGAUGUGGCUUUCCAAGACUUGGAACGCUUAGAUCCGGAACCGUUGCUACAGACUCAAAUGAAGUGA